GUUAGCUGCUGUUUUUAUUGCUACUUUCUCAAUAUCUUAUUAAUUAUUCUUUAUUUAUUAUCUAUUUCUGACAGUUUCCGGUUAGUAAAGUGAGAAAUUUAAAUUAAAUUAAUUGUGUGAAUAAUAAUAAUCUGAAGAUUUAACAGUUUUUCACACCAUCAUCUCCUGUUCACGGAUGCUAACUGCUAGCUAGCAGACAUCUUGACUCCACUAACAAGGUUCGUAAAGAAGAUGAAGAGGACGGUGAUGAAGAGGAGGCUACAUUAAAAACUAUGACUCCUGAGGUUAGGAUCAGAGUUAGCAGUUAACUUACAAAAGCAUCAGUAAUCAAGGCGGGCCCUGAGGACAGUGGACCGGGAUGAAGGGGGCCUACAUGCUGCCACACACCAGGGAUGCUGUCCCAAGACUGUGGAACAACAAGGGGGCGAGGUCGUCCGUCGUAUCAGGUAUCCAGCGUGUGACAUAAAUACUGAAGUCUUCCAUCAUAUAACAAAAAGUGUGUGGACUUCUCUCUCUGACGACAGCAGUUUCCUCCUCGUGGGACGGAGCUGACUCAUGACGAACUGGCUGAUGGAGCCUGUUUGUGUUUGGAUACAAACACUCCCAGAUGAAAAACUCAUCCGUGGACUUUAACAACGACAAUUCAGGGUACGGACUCUCCGAUCCGCUUCCAACGUUUCCAAUAAGUCGUAACGUGGAAUCUGGAAAGAAGAAGAGGAGGAGGCCAGGGAGGGAUGAAGAGAUGGAGGACUGACCAAUCACGUACGGCUGGUGCAUGCAGGAGAAACAUGGAUGUCUGGAGAGCGAAACACCAUCAGCAGUAAAGACACCGUGACUCCCAUCAGCAGUGAUCAGAAGAGGUCACGUCUUCCACCUCUCUCCGCUCCAGCUUUCUGUCCUUCAGCCGUUUACGAGACGCCCGGUAAAGGAGCCCCAUAUGGUGAAGGAAUGAUGAAGAGGUGGAAGAAGAGAAGUCAAAAGGAAACGUUCCUGAAGAGGAGAGGGAGCUUAAGAGGUGACGCCUGGAAGAAUUUCGGCCUCCCACCUGCUCAGCAUGGCCGCCCAUACUCAGGAAUCAACCAGACCGCCGGACUGGAGUCCAAACAGCAAGUCCACAAACCAACGGGCAGCAUGACAGUGACUGCAGCCAUUGCUUAUGCAGCUUUUCUCAUCACAUCAGAACCCUGCAGUCUGCUGCCCCGCCACACGCAGGUGGAGCCUCUGCUGCGUCCUGCUUUAGAUUUACAUGAAUCAACGAGGUCCCAGAUCAAAACAAGACCAAAGGAGGCAGCCAAGUGUCUGUCUGAGUGAAGUCAGACCCUGGAUGGAGAGCGGUUCCUCAGCAGCAUCAGCACGUGAGCAACAAACAAAAACAAUCAGACAGAAGAGGAGGAGGAAGAGGAGGAAGAGGAGGAAGAGAGGAGAGUCUCUCUAACGUCAUGAAGAGUCCAGCAGAGGACAGAGACUGUCCAAAACACAUUUAAGAUUUCAGGCCCCGGCGCUCCAGUUAAAAAACAUCUAAAAAUUCAGAUGUUUUCCAUCGCUGAUCCUCCGCCCAGGAGGGACCUGUAAAGCUCACAGAAUUACAUCAGAGAGAGAGAAGAGGAGGAGGAGGAGAGAGAGAGGAAGAGAGGAGAGGGAGGAAAAAUUCUUCAAGUAUGAGAAAAUUUUACAGCUCUCCUCCCCUCUCUCCUUCUCUCUCUCUCUCCUUCUCCCUCUCUCUCUCUCUCUCUCUGUCCAUUCUGCUGCUGGUCAGUCUGUGAGAGAUUCCCAAACACACACAGAGAGGCUUCAGAAGCUGCUGAGAGUGAACGUCCACCUGCAGCUCUGAGCAGGUCUACGGAGAGCGGAGAGGAGGAUCACCCUGCUGGAGAUCUGCAGUCAGAGCGCUGAUAACCCGAUCAUCUUUGAAAUAAGUAAAUCUGCUCCAAUUCCCUGAGCAGGCAGAAAGUCCAGCAUCUUUUUCUACACCUUACUUUUUUUCCCUGAACAACCAGAGGAGGAUACUUCCCUGCUCUGACUCUGGAAAUGUCUCCCUCCCUCCUCCUCGUCCUCCUCCUGGCUGCCCCCGCCUUCCUGACCCCUUCACCCUCCAGGGAGUUAGAGGUCAGAGGUCACAGGAUGCCCAGGGACACCAAGCAGGACUCCAUCAAGGUGGUGAUCUCUGAGGGCUGCGCUACUCAGGGGGAUUCAUCUGACGCCAGCCUGGGAGGAAAAGAAAUCGACCUGACCCCCGGCUCUCCUCUGGUCCUGACCCAUAAGAUCAAACUGGUCCCAUCCGGUUCUGGGUCCGGGUCUUGCGGCUGCGAGGCGGACUUCGCCGCCCUGCGGGAGCGUCUGGAGAGGCUGGAGAGGGAGGUGUCCAGCCUGAGGGAGAAAUGCGGAGGAGCCGAGGGAGGCUGCUGCACCUCCAAGGAGAGCAAAGGUGUGGGCUGUACCAUCAAACCAGGCGUUGGCGAGUGUCCCAACGAGUGCAAUGAUCAGGGUCGAUGCGUGGACGGCAAGUGUGUCUGCUUCCCAGGUUACAGCGGAACGGACUGCAGCGAGUCCAACUGUCCUGGAAACUGCAACAACAAGGGCAAGUGUGUGAACGGACAGUGUGUCUGCGAUCCUGGUUUCACUGGUCCCGACUGCCUACAGGGAGGCUGCCCUGACAACUGCAGCAACAAGGGGCGAUGCGUCAACGGGAAGUGCGUGUGCGACAGCGGCUUCACCGGCCCGAGUUGCUCGGACGAAUCCUGUCCUGGUAAGUGCAACAACAAGGGGCGCUGCGUCAACGGACGGUGUGUGUGUAAUCCUGGAUUCACCGGACCAGAUUGCUCCAAGAGGGGCUGUCCGGACAACUGCAACAACCGAGGAAGGUGUGUAAACGGUAGAUGUGUGUGCGAAAGCGGUUACUCUGGUACAGAUUGCUCAAAGUCCGCCUGCCCUGGGAACUGCAACAACAAGGGGCGCUGUGUAGACGGGGAGUGUGUCUGCGACGAGGGAUUCGGUGGCCCAGAUUGCUCGGAGAUAAUCUGCCUAAACGACUGCUACGACCGGGGGAGGUGUGUGAACGGUCAAUGUAUGUGUGACGCUGGCUUCACGGGGGAGGACUGCUCUGAGACCGCCUGUCCCGGAAACUGCAACAACAAGGGGAGGUGUGUUAACGGACAGUGCGUCUGUGACAGCGGCUUCACUGGCAAAGAUUGCUCUGAGAGGGCCUGUCCCGGAAACUGCAACAACAAGGGGCGGUGCGUUAACGGACAGUGCGUCUGUGACAGCGGCUUCACUGGGAAGGACUGCUCUGAGAGGGCCUGUCCUGGAAACUGCAACAACAAGGGGAGGUGUGUUAACGGACAGUGUGUCUGUGACAGCGGCUUCACUGGGAAGGACUGCUCUGAGAGGGCCUGUCCUGGAAACUGCAACAACAAGGGGCGGUGCCUUAACGGACAGUGCGUCUGUGAUGCUGGCUUCACCGGCGAGGACUGCUCUGAGAGGGCCUGUCCUGGAAACUGCAAGAACAGAGGGCGGUGCGUGAACGGGAAGUGCGUUUGUGACAGCGGCUUCACGGGUGACGAUUGCUCUGAGAGGGCCUGUCCUGGAAACUGCAAGAACAGGGGGCGGUGCGUUAACGGACAGUGCGUCUGUGACGCUGGCUUCAUCGGUGAGGACUGCUCUGAGAGGGCCUGUCCUGGAAACUGCAAGAACAGGGGGCGGUGCGUUAACGGACAGUGCGUCUGUGACGCUGGCUUCACCGGUGAGGACUGCUCCGAGACCGCCUGCCCCGGAAACUGCAACAACAAAGGUCGGUGCGUUAACGGACAGUGCGUCUGCAACGAUGGAUUCACAGGCGAAGACUGCUCCGCCAAAGCGUGCCCCAAUAACUGCAGCAACCGUGGGAAGUGCGUGAACGGGAAAUGCAUUUGCGACGUUGGCCUCGCUGGGCCGGACUGCUCCGCCAAAGGCUGCCCCAAUAACUGCAGCAACAAAGGAAAGUGUGUCAAAGGAAAGUGCGUUUGCCGGCGUGGGUUCACCGGACCGGACUGCAGCCAGUGCGAGGAGGGAAAGACCGGACCUAACUGUGACACAGCCAUGUCAGGUGUUUCUCAGCUGACCACUCGUGAUGUGACAGAGACAUCCGUCACUCUGCUCUGGACUCCGCCUCCCAUCCAGUACAUGACCUACUACAUCACCUUCACCAGCCAGAAGGAGAGUGACCAGCAGAUCAACGUGCAGGUGGACGGCAGCCUGAACACCUUCACCCAGACGGGGCUGGCGGCAGGUCAGGAGUACACGGUCAGCAUCACCGGAGAGAUCGACGGCAGGCGAGGGGCCGAGAGCACCGCCGAAUUCAUGACCCUCAUCUCCGGUCCAUCCAACCUCCACGUUGUCAAGACGUCCACGACCUCGGCAGUUGUCCAGUGGGAGGAGUCUCAGGGUGAGAUCGACAGGUACCGUCUGACCGUCACGGCCAACGACGGAUCAGGGAGGAUUAAAGAAAUGACCGUUCCAGCUGGCCAAGACUCCGCCCACAUCCAGGAGCUGGAGGCGGGGCGUUUGUAUGACAUCAUACUCGUGGCGGAGAAAGGAGGGAGUCAGAGCGGACCGGCAACCACCCAGGUCACUCCAGGACCGGAGCCUCCCACCGACAUAGUCUUCAGUGAGUUGACUGAAAAGUCUCUGACCGUGUCGUGGACCAAACCCAAGACUCCGGUCAGUGGCUUCAAGGUCACCUACACCCACUUGGAGGAAGGUGAGCCGGUGUCGGUGUCUGUGGACUCAGGCGACUCCAAUCUCCCCCUGUCCAAGCUCUCGCCCGGGUCUACCUACGAGGUCAGCAUCAUCUCCGUCCUCGGACUGGACGAGAGCGAUCCACUGAAGGACUCUGUCACAACUCUCCCCGACCCCCCAACAGACCUCAGAGCUGUAAACGUCACAGACACAACCGCCUUGCUGCUGUGGCGUCCAGCGUUGGGUGCUGUUGAUAAAUACGCCAUCGUGUACGGAGCUGGUACAGAUUCAGAGUUGAGGAUCUCAGUGUCUGGAAACACAGCAGAGCAUCAGCUGAGCGGUCUGGAAGGAUCCACCACCUACACCGUCAGAAUAACCAGCCAGCUGGGCAGCCAGGAGAGCACCGAGGCCACCACCAGCUUCACCACCACCAGAGGUUCAGGCGGAGACGGCGAAGGACCACGAGAUCUUCAGGCGAGCAAUGUGACUCCUCGCACCGCCAUGUUGACGUGGAAGCCGCCCCUGAACCCCGUGGGAAGCUACAGACUGACGUACCAGACCGAAGACCAGGGGAUGAAGGAGGUGAUCGUGGACGCCUCGGUGACUCAGUACAACCUGAGCAGACUUUACCCCGGCUCGAAGUACUCUGUGCAGCUGCAGGCAGAGAGCGGAGGAGUGUACGGCGCCGCCAUCUCCACCGAGUUCACCACGGGCCCGCUGAGGUUCCCGUUCCCCACAGACUGUUCCCAGGAGCUGCUGAACGGCAUCAGGACGUCAGGAGAGCUGGAGAUCUUCCCUACGGGCAAACACGGGACGACCAUGAUGGUUUCCUGCGACAUGGAGACGGACGGAGGCGGCUGGACGGUCUUCCAGAGGAGGAAGGACGGCUCGGUGAACUUCUUCAGGGGAUGGAAGGAUUACACGAGAGGGUUCGGAGACGUGAACGGAGAGUUCUGGCUGGGACUCGAUAACCUUCACAACCUGACCACCAUGACCCGGAUGAAUCUGCGCGUCGACCUGCGAGACCAAGCCGACGCGGUGUUCGCUAAAUACAUGACCUUUGAGGUGGCGAAGAGGAACUACAAACUGUCUGUGGGCGGGUACAGCGGCACGGCAGGCGACUCUCUCACGUAUCACAACAACCGGCUGUUCUCCACCAAAGACCGGGACCCCACGCCGUUCAUCACCCGCUGCGCCAUGUCGUACCGAGGAGGCUGGUGGUACAAGAACUGCCACGAAGCCAACCUCAACGGGCUCUACGGCAUCGACGUCAAACACCAGGGAAUCAUCUGGACCAGCUGGAAGGGCAAAGAGCACUCCAUCCAGUUCACCGAGAUGAAGAUGAGACCGGCGUCCUUCAGAGGAUGAAGAAUUAGAGGAAGAGGAGGAGGAGGAUGAUGAACUGUUAAACACAUGCAUGGACAGCAGUGUUGUUCAUUACAUGUGCUCACACACACACACACACACACACACACACACACACACACACACACACACAGCAGAGAUGAAGUCGUAUUUUUUCAUUUGUAUAGAGGUCAGUUAUCAGUAUUUUACUGUAGAUUGUACAGUUUUUAUCUUUACUUCUUAAAGCAGGGCUGCUCCCACUUCUUUCUCCGUAUUUAAAGGGCCAGUUCACCAACAUGAGAACAAAACACAGCCAGCCGCGCCCUGAGUUUAAAGGUUGAUCGUAACGCUCCUGCAGAUACUCGGGUAUAAAGACAGAGUGUCGUUUACAUGGAGCGGAUGUUCGCAGCACUUUAGAGGCGACUGUCUUAAUGUUCACAGAGAAGACAUCGAAGGGUUAAUACGAGGCGUAUAAAGGAACAGUUCCCCAAGAAUGAUCCAGAUUAUGAAUUCCACUGUUUUCAAUCCAGAACCAGAGCUCUAAAUGGAACUGCUUGUUACAUACUUUGUCCACAAGGGGGCGCCAGACUCCACACAAUGUUACAGAACCACACGGCUGCUUUAAAAGACAGAUGUUUGAUAUUAACCGCUUUAUGAUGGAUCGUCUACAACCACAGUGGCCACGGUUACAUGAUGUUUCUUAAUUCUGAAUUGAGGUUUACAUGGAAAACACAUUUAAUCGUCUUUAUUCCUCUUAAGGUCUGGGGGUUGGGAAGGGUUCUGAUUGGACAGGAGUGGCGUGACGUCCUGCUUCAACUAUUUCCACUUGUGUUUUUUUUACCUGGGUGGCGUCUCUGUCAGGGAAACCUCCCUCCAUUAACUCGGACGCUACAGCUUUAAGAAGGUCCACAUUUUGAUGCUUCUGUCCAUCAACUCUUUUCAUCAUAUCCAUUUCUUCUAAGGCUCCUGUUAAAUAAAUAGUCUCAGCUCGAGUCCAA